UUCUUUUGACCUCUUUUGUUUUUAAUUUUCUCAAAAGCUUUGAUUAUUCUUCCGUCUUCUAAAGAAGAAGGAUGAAGAACGAGGAACAGUCAAGAUCUCUGUUUGGAAUCUCUCUGUCUGAUCGACCAACAUGGCAACAGUUUCUCAUCUGCACUUCUGGUUUCUUCUUUGGUUACCUCGUCAACGGAGUUUGCGAGGAAUAUGUUUAUAAUCGCCUGCAAUUUAGCUUUGGUUGGUACUUCACGUUUAUACAAGGAUUUGUCUACUUGUUCCUGAUCUACCUUCAGGGGUUCACCACAAAGCAUAUUGUGAAUCCUAUGAGAACAUAUGUCAAACUAUCUGCUGUUCUCAUGGGAUCACAUGGUUUAACCAAAGGCUCUUUGGCUUAUCUCAAUUAUCCUGCUCAAAUCAUGUUCAAAUCCACUAAGGUGUUGCCUGUGAUGAUAAUGGGAGCUUUCAUACCCGGUCUGAGGAGAAAAUACCCGGUCCACGAAUACAUUUCAGCCUUCUUGCUGGUUCUUGGUUUGAUACUAUUCACAUUAGCAGACGCACAAAUGUCUCCAAACUUCAGUAUGAUUGGGAUUUUGAUGAUUACUGGUGCAUUGAUCAUGGAUGCUUUCUUGGGUAAUCUUCAAGAAGCCAUUUUCACAAUGAACCCCGAGACAACUCAGAUGGAGAUGCUUUUCUGCUCAACGGUUGUUGGACUACCGUUCUUGUUCGUUCCCAUGGUUUUGACCGGAGAGCUUUUCCGUGCUUGGACUGCGUGCUGGCAACAUCCGUAUGUGUACGGUGUGCUUGUAUUCGAAGCUAUGGCCACAUUCAUCGGUCAAGUCUCGGUUCUAUCCCUCAUUGCCCUAUUUGGAGCCGCUACAACCGCCUUGAUAACAACGGCUAGGAAAGGAGUUACGUUGUUGCUGUCAUAUUUGAUAUUCACCAAGCCAUUGACCGAGCAGCACGGGUCGGGAUUGCUGUUGAUAGCAAUGGGAAUAGUGUUGAAGAUGGUUCCGAUGGAUAGUAAACCUCCUAGCAAGAUUCCGGCGAGACAAGCGGUUAGGAACGGUGGAGGUGAGGGUGAUAGAGACGAGGAUGAAGAGAGGAAGUCAUUGGUUUAAUAAUUUGCUAUGUAUCUAUCUAUAUAUAUAUACAUUUUAUUUCAGAAGUUUUAAAGGAUUUAUAGACAGAAGAAAGAAACACAAAGAUGGCGAUGAAGGCAAAUAGAAUAAUAAAAAAUGUUUUAUUUUGCCAGAAAUUAAGUAUUUAAUUAUGAUCUUACAAUGUAAACUCUAUAAAUUAAUGUUCAAUAAUAAAUUAAUAAA